AUGCACAACACUCGAAGAAGAAUAACACCAACGCUUCUCACUGAAGCAGAUGAGGGAUUGGAAUCAUCAAACACAAGCAACUUGCGAACAUCCAAUGAAGAAGACAAUCUUCCAUACCAAGAGAAAAUAAUCAUGUCAUCGGAUAUUCGAAAUGGAUCGGAACCAAUUUUAAAAACCAAUAUUGAUAUUUCUUUAUUAUUUCAUGCCUAUGGAACCACCAGGCGACACAACUCUAAAGAAGGAAAAUAUACAUUUCAUGUUUUACCCCCUUCUAUAACAUUGAAAAAUUCAAAUUCUUCAAAUCUAAAUGUUGUUUAUGAACAUAGAAACUAUUUAAAAAUUGCUUCCAUGACAUGUCCAGAAGACAUUCGUAACAAACUCCAUCCGAGUUUCGUCCACAAGUACAAAUCUUUCAAAUUUCUUGAUGAGUUUCCUUCCAUAUCGGAAUCAAGUUUAUCGAUCUGUAAUUACCAAGAUAAAGAUGCAACAUUGAGUAUCAAAGAGAAACUUGAGAUCUAUGGAUGUAUUUCAAUAACAAGUUCAGAUAGUAAUGCCUAUUUUCUCAUUGCAAAAGAUGGUACUAACUCGUUGAAAGCUUUUGAAUUUGAUGAAAACAGUACUUUUAAAAGACAAGUCAUUCUUAUUGAAAAUAUUUCGAGUCCCAUUGGAGCAGUUGAUGUACAAGACCCACUCGUUCUAGUAGCAUCAAAUACCAGAGUUUACAUGUUCAAUAUUGCUACACUUGCUUUACAAACCGAUGUUACCUCUAUGGAUUCCUUCAAUAUUACAGGAAAAGAUAUUUCACUCUGUUUUCCCACUUGUAUCUGCGGAAAUCAAAACCAAUUUUAUUUAGGUAGUGAACAGGGCCAAGUCAUCUAUGGCCGAUUUCAGUCACAAAUUGAAGCAAAACAAGUGUACUCCCUCAGACAACCAGUAGUUUCAAUCUUUCAUCUCAAACUUGACAGACAAGAACUGUUAUUAAUUGUUGGAACUCAAAAGAUAGUGACGACUACAGUGAUGAAUAACGCAAUUUUCGCGAUAUCAUCAGGUUCGUCUUCCAAAUCUCAAAAGAAAAAGAAUUUCCUUACUGAGCAACAAGAACAAUCGCUUGUUGAUAUGGAAAAUAGUGAAGAAUGUGUGAUAAAAUGUUGCCUUAAUCACGACCAUUCUCUGUUGGCCACCAUUAGUACUUUAGGAAAUGUGAAAAUCUUUCGACUACCUUCUCUAGAAUUAAUAUUUUGUGCCAACUUUAAACACACAACAAGCAGUAUUCAGAGAGGAGUUGGAAUCAACACAACUCAAUUUGAAUGUGCCACUUUUUGCUUUGCUCGCAACAUGAAUAAUCACAAAUUGUAUCUGGUCCUCUGUACGACCGAUGGUUUGAUUUAUUGUUUUUCUCCCAUCCUUCUGUAA